AAGUUUCUAGGCGCCAGCGUUAUUGGUGGUGGCGGAAGUGGAAGUCGUGCUGUGGGGAUGUGGGGAUGAGCAAGGUCGUUGUCCUAUAAAUACAGCUUUUUUUGUCAUGCUCGAUUAGGGGGCAUAACGUAGGACUCAUUGGAGCACCAGCAGCUGUCAGAAGAACUUCCAACUUCGGCGUUGACACUGAUCUUGACAUCCAGAAGAAACAAGGACGAUUGUGAAACAUUUCAAUUUCGAAAGUGAACCAUUGGUGUUCUGACUGGCCACACUAGCAGUGGUUGUGAUUUUUGGUGCAUUUCUGUGAUAUGGAUACUACUGAAGCCAUAUAAUCGUUUUCAAGUACUGUGAUUGGCACCUGCUUGUCAUGUAUUCUCUCAGGAAGUGGUUCUACAGACCCAAGAGGACGGACACAUCGCUGUUCGCGCAGUUCUUUUUUGCCGACGAUGAGCUGAACAAGGUGACGCUGGAGCUGGACAGCUUCGACGGCCGGAAGGACCCCGAGCGGUGCACCCUGCUCGUGAACCAGCUGCGGGCCUGCCAGGACAAGGUUCUGAGUAUUUGCAACCACAUGCUGGACGAAGUGGUGGGGGAGGACCGCGCGCCGCGCGACUUCCGCGCCAAAUUUCCCGACGAUGUGCUGCAGGAGAACCUGGCCGGCCAGCUCUGGUUCGGCGCGGAGUGUCUGGCCGCCGGCUCUUGCAUCAUGAACCGGGAGAUGGAGAGCGCCGGCAUGCGUCCGCUGGCCAAGGCUGUCACCAAGAGCCUGGAGAACGUCCGAGCGCUGCUGCGUGAACAGUGCCUAAAGUCGCCACAAGAGUUCACCGAGAAACUGUGCGAGUCGCUGAAGAUCUUUGACCGGCUAUUCGCCGAGUUCGAGCUGCGUUACGUCAGCGCCAUGGUAACGGUCAAGUCGGCCAAGGAGUACGCCCUUAUACAGAAUGUCAUAGCGCUCUUCUCCGAGACCGUGCAGAGGGCGCUGCGCCUGGGUCUGCUGAGUCAGGAGCAGCUGGAUCUGUACGAUCCGGCUCUCAUGUUCACCAUCCCUCGGCUGGCCAUAGUCGCCGGGCUGGUCAUCUACCCGGAUGGACCGCUGCGGCUCGAUCAGGAUAUCGCGGACAUUUCGGAACUCUUCCGACCGUUCAAGAAUCUGCUGUGUAAGAUCCGCGAGCUGCUAUGGACGCUCAGUAAGGCCGAGCUCUACGCUCUGGAGAAGGCCCUCUGCUCGGUGGACGAACCCAUCAACACGGUGGCCAGUGACGUGCCCUCGGCACCCGACGCCUACCCCAUGCCCGACAUCGACGCGUUCGUGGCCGAGUUCUACUCCAAGAACCCGGGCUGUCGGCGGAGUGUCAGCCGCUCAGCGUGUCGGGAGACGGAGGCGCGUCUGCGUCAGUUCCACCCGGGCAGCCGCUCGCACCGGCGCCGGCGCGGCCAGGGCGGCUCCGGCAGCGGCUCGAACGGCCACCGCCGGCUGGCGAGGAGCGGGGCCACUGCUGAGGAGGCGGCGGCCACCGGCGCCCCGGCAGACCAGCGCCGCGGGUCAGCCACGGAGCCGGCCGCCAGGGGCCGCGUCGGAAGGGUGCCCAUCAUCGCCUGCGACUACGGCAGCCGCCUGGACCAGCGCCGGGACGUGGAGCGUCAGGUGGCCUCCAUCGUGGACGACCUGGUGGGCCUGGCCGUCUCAGAGGCGGAGCGGCGCGCUCAGUCUGCCGAGGAACCCGAGCCGCCCGCCGCCCCCGCCCCCGCCCCCGCCCCCGGGCACAGCGGCACCGGCAGACACCGCAAGAAGAAGCUAACCCGCGCUCCGUGCGGCAGCGCCGGAGGCCUGCUCUACCAGCACAACCACUGCUCGCCGGGCGGCGCUCCGGCCGAGGGCAGCAGCCACCAGUCGUCCCAGUCCGGCUCCGACUCUAGUGACGACGAGCGGCCCACGCGCAGCGGAGACCGAGAGAUCGCGCUGGCCAUCCAGGCGGCCGAGAUCGCCACGCGCAGCCGGUCCCGCGCGCGCUUCAAGGACAGCCAGGACCUGAUUCACCGUCUGUUUGUCUGCAUUUCGGGAGUGGCCGACCAGCUUCAGACCAACUUCGCCUCAGACCUGCGCAACAUCCUCAAGGUGGUCUUCCAGAUCAACGCCACGCCCGAGGAGGAUUCCAGCGGAGAGCUGAGCCCGUCGUGCGGCUCUGUCGACUCUGCCGAGGAGGCGCUGGGCUCUCCGGCGGCCGUCAUCGACGUGGUGGAUGUAGGCGGGCCCGCCCCCGCCCCCGCGCCGGCCCUGCUCAGCCAGGUCUCGGAGGAGUCCCACCUGGCCAGCAACAUGCGCGUGGUGGGCGACCACAUGGAGGCCCAGGUGCUGGUGCACGGCAGCAUCGGCAUCAGCGGCGAGGCCGGCCUGGUGCAGCAGGUGCUGGCAGAGGGCGGCCCGGCCCGGCCGCUGCCGCCGCCGCCGGCGCCUCCGGCCGUCACCGUGCCGGCGCGGCUGACGGAGGCGCUCGAGCCGCGCCAGCCGCCGCCGCCGCCGCCGCUGGAGGUGACGCCGCGCCGCUCGGCGCCGCUCUGGGUGCCCGACCAGGCGGCGCCAGAGUGCAUGCAGUGCGGCCAGCCGUUCACGAUGGUGCGCCGCCGCCACCAUUGCCGCCGCUGCGGCCGCGUGUUCUGCUCGCGCUGCAGCUCGGGCGUGCUGCCGCUGCCCCAGUUCGGACACCAGCUGCCCGUGCGCGUGUGUGACGAGUGCCUGGCCGCGGAGACGCAGAGCUGAGAGGGACGGGCGCCCGGCCGGAGCCACAGUGGUAAUACUCGAGAGAAGCGCAGAGCGCGGCGGGCCGGACGGCGCCGCGCGAACAUGUUAUUUUCGUACACGUGACUGAGCUGUUGAGAGCGUUCACAGGUUUAUAGGUAGUUUAUGAACAGUUAUCGAGGUGUGCGUGCGUGUGAGAGAGCUAGGCGCCGUGUUUGUUUUGACCAAGAGGCGCUCGAUGCGAAUGGUUAUCGUGUAUGUCGUUUACUCGCUGGAGAUAUUGGCCGGUUGGUUCAGUGCCGUUAGUAUGCUGGUAACCGCUGUGGGCCGGGACGCCUCUGAUUUAGCCUUAUUUGGGUAUAUCGUCGCUGUAUUCCGGACGGAACGACCGUCCGCUGAUGCCGAGGUCACAAUGCGUGUCACGAGACAGGGGAUUGCUCAAAGGGGGUGGGGUCCACUGCUGUGUGCGGGGCGGCGGUCCGUGCGCCGCGCGCCAGGUCAGGUCACCUGUGUGUGCAGAGCGCCGGCCGCCGCCGCACCAGACGGUGAGCGACGCCGUGACCUGACGGGGAGCGACGCCGUGACCUGGCGGCCUUUUACUUAACCCGGCCGUCCGUCCGUGCCGGGCCGUUUUACUUUUGGACGCAACACUGUGAUACCGUCUGUCUGUCUGUCUGUCCGUCGGGCUUGAGAGGCGGGCGAAUGGACCCGGCCGGCCGCCGCCGCGUUUUUUAACGGAAAGGUACUACAAUACACGUAACACUCGGCAAUCA